AUGGCUAAAAGAAGAGAGAAGACUACCGGGUCUGGUAACAAGAAAAGACAAAAACCGAAUCCUAACGGUGAGAUAAAGCUAGGUGUAUUUACUCGUAACAAUUCUACUCAACCAAGAAAUGACAACUGGGAAAAUGAAGAGCAGGACUACGAGUUGCAGUCUAGAUCUUUGAAUUACUCUAAUGAGCAGGAAGAAGGUCUUCCCAUCAAGCGACAAGACGGUCGUGUUGAAAGAAAAAUGAGAGACAAACAGGUUACUAAAAAAGCUUCUCUUGAGAACGUAGAAGAACAGGAAGAACAACAUCCAAAAGAUCUGUCCAAGGAGGUAGCCAAAUCUCAAACGACCUACUCUGUUGACCCAUUAGAAAAGAAGAACCAAGUUAAAGAAGAAAUUUCCAAAAUUGCAGAGCUUCUAUUAGAGGAUUCAGAGGAACAUAUUGAUUCAAUUACUAAAGUCUUAAAGAUGGCACAAUCAAAGGACACCACCGUAUCGAAACUUGCAUUACUAGCAUUGACACCUAUUUUCAAGAACAUGGCUCCCUCGUAUCGAAUAAGGCCGCUUACAGAUUUGGAGAAGAAAGAGAAGGUUUCCAAAGACGUUGGAAGACUUCGUCAUUUUGAGCAAAGCUUGGUAAUUCAUUUCAAAACAUAUUUGGAUCUUUUAGACAAAGCUACCAGAACAUUCUCCACCACUACAAACGCCACUCCACAUCAAAUUAGCUUGGGUAGAAGUUCAAGUAUAGCUGUUUGCGAACUUGCCCAGUCGAUGAAAUUUUUUAAUUAUCGUGCGGAGUUGAUAGAUAUCCUGAUAAAACGUGUUUGUAGGAAACCUCAAGGAGAGAAAGAUCUUCAGGUCUUCAAGAAAUGUGUUGAGACUUUGGAAAAUCUCUUGACCGAUGAUAUUGAUAGAGGUGACAUUUCAGCUGACGUUGUUCGAAUUUUAUCCAAGAGACUUCGAUCAAGAAAUUACAUGGUCGAUGAAUCACUGGUGAACAUAUUUCUCUCUGCAUCCAUUUUGAGAGACUACGAUCCCAUGAGCAAGGAAACGGAAGAGAAGCCCAAGCUAAAGAAGAAAGACAGAGUUCAUUUGUCUAAUGCACAACGUAAACAGCGCAAAGAGUUGCAAAAAAUUGAUGAAGAGCUGAAAAAGGCAGAAGAAGCAGUUACUGCUGAACAGAGAGAAAAAUUUCAGGCUGAAAUAUUAAGAACACUUUUAAAGCUCUAUCUAGAUAUGCUACAACAGAGACCAGAGUCUCUAAUGGCUCCAGUGUUGGAAGGUUUAGCUAGAUACGGUCAUAUGGUCAACUUUGACAUGUUAGGGGACUUUUUGCAGGUACUGAGAGAACUAUCAGGUGGAAUACUGAGCACUUCAUCAGACAACAACUUAACAGGUGAUGAAAUUAGGCAAGUGCUUCUUUGUGUAGUGACUGCAUUUGCUCUGUUAUCUAACCACUCUCAACAUAAGGUGAAUAUCGAUCUGAGCAGUUUUGUUACUACUCUCUACGCCGUGUUACCAUUGGUAGCUCAAGACCCUGAUAUAGAGUUUUCCCACAAAUCUUUGAGACUAGCUGAUCCCCUAACCGGAGUUGAUGGUCCUGCCACAAGACCUUCGGUUAACGUGUCUACCAAGGCUGAAUUAGUUCUGAAGGCUUUAGAUUCAAUCUUCUUUGCGUCCAGAUCGUCCACAUCUAAUCGUGUAAUGGCAUUCACCAAGCGACUUUACAUGACAAUGUUACAUACUCCUGAGAAAACGACUAUUGCAUUGCUGAAGUUCAUAGAAAAGCUAUCAGGUAGAUUUAGUGAUGUUGCCGGUCUCUACUCGACAGAGGAUACCAUAGCCAACGGAGUCUACAACGCAGAGACAGAUAACAUUGAAAGAAGUAAUGCUGCUUGUGCUAUUCUCUGGGAAAACGAGCUUCUAAGGAAUCAUUACUGCCCCACUGUCCAAUUAGCAGCCCGAACAUUAGUCAACCGUUCUCGCAAGAAUAAUAAUAACUAA